AUGAUCGUUGAGGAAGAAGGAGACAACGUCACGACAUGGUGCGCCGAUGAAAGCUCGAGCACCACCAGUUCAUUCGUUGUAAACGACCCUCUAGUGCAGGUUGUUUCUCUCGACAUGCGCAAUGUUGUGGCCCGUUCAACUGAGAUGGGUGAUGAAGAAGCACACACUCGCCUCCAAGAGGAUCUAAUUGAAGAAAUUUGGAUGCGCGCCAACCUAAGUCAUGAAUUCUCCGAUAAUGGGCCCAAAAGCGACAAUUUCUUAGACUACAUGGGCGACCUAGCUAAGCUAUUUUCGGGGGCUUCGCUUACCGACAAUACCAUGACCAGUGUCGUUAAGCUAGGCGAUGGGCGAGUCCUAUGCUUGACCGAGACCCAAAAAGGCUCUAUUCUCAUCGACCCUGACACGUUAGACACGUUGGGGAAGUUCGAAUACACUGACAAUUUGGGGGGCCUCAUCCAAGCGGCCCACCCAAUUGUCACUGAUACCGAGUAUAUUACUUUGUUACCCGACCUAAUCAACCCAGGCCACCAAGUCGUCAGGAUGAACCCUGGCACCAAUGAGAGGAAACUCAUGGGGCGUGUCAAUUGUCGGGGCAGGCCAUCCCCUGGUUGGGUCCAUUCCUUCCCGGUCACCGAGAACUAUGUGGUGGUCCCGGAGAUGCCACUUAGGUAUUGUCCACAGAAUUUGCUAAAGGCUGAGCCCACAGAAUUGUAUAAGUUUCAAUGGCUCCCUGACUCCAAAGCCUACAUGCAUGUUAUGUGCAAAGCUACUGGCAAGACUGUGGCGAGUGUGGAGGUUCCUCCGUUUGUGACGUUUCUUUUCAUCAAUGCUUACGAAGAGACAGAUGAAGAUGGAAGAGUGACGGCUGUUAUUGCUGAUUGUUGUGAACAUAAUGCUGAUCCUGCCAUUCUUCCAAACCUUUCACUCCAUAAUCUUCGCUCGUUACACAGCCAAGAUGUGUUCCCUGGUGCAAAGGUUGGGAGAUUUAGGAUUCCAAUUGAUGGGAGCCCUAAUGGGACAUUAGAGGCAGCAUUGGAUCCAAAUGAGCAUGGGAGAGGCAUGGAUAUGUGUAGCAUUAACCCUAACUUUUUGGGGAAGAAAUAUCGCUAUGCAUAUGCAACUGGUGCAAAAAGGCCUUGCAACUUCCCAAAUACCAUUACUAAGCUUGAUUUAGUGGACAAGAAGGCUAAGAGCUGGUGUGAGGAAGGCUCUAUCCCAUCCGAGCCCUUCUUCGUUGCUAAGCCGGGUGCCACUGAGGAAGAUGAUGGUGUUGUGAUCUCAAUGGUUAGUCAGAAGAAUGGUGAUGGAUUUGCCUUGGUGUUAGAUGGAACUACUUUUGAAGAGAUUGCUAGAGCUAAAUUUCCCUAUGGUCUUCCUUAUGGGCUGCAUGGAUGCUGGGUUCCCAAGAAUUGA